AUGGGGUUGUUGAAAUGGGAUGAAAAGAUUUUAGAGUUGAUGUACAUCGAGUCUUCACGUAUCAUCUGUACUAAUUCGAAAAAAAUAGAUGAUGGCGUAAAAUUAUGGAGAGAGACAUUAGAUGGGAUGAGUUUUAUAGAUGCAUCGUGUAGACCAGUCAGAAACCAAUUUGGGAUCGUAGGGCUCCAGAUUGCCGGUACGGACUUGCGUCUCAAUGUUCUAGUAAAGGACUUGGGCGGUAUACCAAGAUAUUUCCACUUAGACCAUUCUGAAAUUCCAUUAACACCAUAUACGUCACACACUAAAUCUCUAGUUCGUUUAUUAUUAACCUUAAGAAAUAUAAUGAUCGUUAACAAAAGCUUAUUAGUGCAGGCAUUAGAACAAGCUAAUACUCAUCCACCCCAAAAUGUUAACCCAAGUCCUACCGUUUCAUCUCCACCCUAUAAUUAUUAG